CAGUAGGACGGUUUCCAUAGCGCCGCUCCGACCUGCUGAGUGAGUUGAUUCUUCAACUUCUGAUUCAGGUCCCUCGGUGACACAAACCCGAGGACGUCGGGUUAUUUGAUCCUUUUUACGCUUUUAAUUGUUUCGGUUUAUUUCUUGGCCUUUUAUCUCAUUAUGUGAAUUGUACCUUUUGAAGCACCUGCUCGGCGGAUACUCUAAUUAUGGGAUAUCAGACGGUGGAAAUCUCCGUCAGCAUCUGAAUAGGAAUAUUUGUUUUUUUAUCUCAUUGUCGCUUUCUUUCAACGGCAAAAAUGAACUGCUUCAACAAAAAGCUGAGACGCACAUCUCCCAUACAUGGCAGCAGUAAAAAUGAACUCGUCCCCUCAAAACUUCCCAGGAUGAACGGAUGGUCUUGGCCCCCUCAGGCUUUCCAAGUAGUCGGCUGGCUGGUGUACAGCUACCUCGGGAUCGUCAGCUUCGGCAUCUAUAUCCCUCUUCUGCCUCCGCCAUGGAACCAUGUGGUCUAUUCUGUGAUUGGCAUAUCUUUUGUUUUGCACUUUUUCACCCAUAUUGCAGCUGCCACUAUAGACCCAGCAGAUGCCAGUGUGAGGGCCAAACAGAGCUACUCAAAUCCAAUGCCCUUUUUUGACCGGAUGAAGCAACCGCAUGUCAUCAAGGAUCUACACUGUUAUCUUUGUGAUGUCAAGGUUGGCCCCAACGUUAAACACUGUGGUGUUUGCAACAAGUGUGUGGAAGACUUUGAUCACCAUUGCCAAUGGCUGAACACGUGUGUGGGGGGCAGAAACUACUGGUGCUUCUUUGUGGCACUGUGCUCGGCUACGCUUGGCGUGUUGAUGCUCGUUGCUGUCAUCUUUUUCAUAUGUAUUCAGCAUUACUUGAGUCCAGACAGCCUCCGGACUGCCCCACAGUUUCACAAUCUGCUGGGGAACAGUACCUGGCUGGUGUUUUUACCCUUAGCUCCCAUAAAGACUAGUUCAGCUGGUCUGCUUAUCUUAGCCUUUGUGACAGCCAUGCUGAGCAUCACCUGCCUGCUUCUGCUCGCUCAUCUGCUGGGCUUUCACUGUUACCUCUUUUUUAAAGGCAUAAGCACAUAUGAUUAUAUAAAGAUGCAGCGCCAAAAAGAAGGCAGGAAAUCUGAAUCAGGAAAUCCAAAAGAUGUGAAAAUCCAUAACAAGACCCUACAGAGUCAAGAUACCUCCAUUGACUGUGAGCCAGCAUUAUCACAGAGUUCAGGUACCUGCAAAUUGGAAAAUAAAGGCUCACUCACAAGCCGAUUUUCAGAGUCCAUAUGCACUGAGUUGGAAACCUUUAGGAAGUCGGCAGAUAAAGAGAACCGUUUCCAUUAUGGCACAGAAAAUCCCACAAAAAACGCAGCAAUGGAAUUGAGCAACGGUAAAAGCAGGAUGCCCGACAUUGAAGAGACUCAGAGCGGCGUUGUGACGUCUGCUCACAGAGUUCCAGGAGUGCAGGACCCUCUGGGCAGCGCCGUUAUGACUCCAGAUGGCACUUAGCAGUACCUGAUGUCCGUAUGGCGGUGCAUCGGGAUAAGCUGCUCUGAGGAUUUAUUAUUCUAUCAAGAAACAUUUGCGACGCAAUCAAACGCUGCAUUGUGAUAUGGACUUCAUGGAAUGCUUUUGUCCUCCAGUGGAUAUUUUGUAUGCAGUCUGAACUGUGAACCCGUCAUUGUGUUUCUUUUCCUUUUUUUAUCUGCACUUUUUUUAUGACAACCUUUUCAAUUAUUUAAAGCAUUGUUUUAUCUCACUGACUUUGAAAAGAGAGCCAAAGUCCGGCCCCACUUCCAGGUCGGCCCCUAUUCCACUACACUGAGUCAGAUAAACGGACAGAUUUUGGCAUGUUUCUCAAACAGUUUACUGUUCAUAUUCCAAGCCAAAUGGGAUCAAGAAAUGUACUGGCAGUAACUUUCAGCCUCUUAUCAUUGUAUCUGAUGUCCAAAGAGAAAGCCUUUUAUGGCAAAAUGAAUAGUCUCACUAGAAGUAGUGGAGCUCACUGUGAAUUGUAUUUAUUAUUGAAUGAUUUCUCAAAGCUAUUGGUGUUUAGAGACUGUUUUUGCUAGAUUUGAUAGUAAAGAUAUUAAAUUAAAUUAAACUGUUAAUGUUUUGAAAGUCCCAGCUUCUACACGUUUUUACAGUUUCUAACACUGUAUUCUGAGCUAAAUACUGUACAGUACGUAUCUGAAUGGAUUUGUCAGCAACAUACAGUAGAACCACUGAUUCAUCAGCAAAAGUGGGUAAAACAAAGCAUUGAAGAUGGUCCUUUGAUUGAGAUCCAAAUAGAGCCCUGUACGUUGAUGUAAAAAAUUAUUUUCAGCGAGAUGGAAAAUACCUCACCAGAGAGAUCGAUGCUCAAGGCUACAAUUUAGGGAAGAAUUUCCACCUUAAAUUAAUUUUUUUCGCGAGUAAAAUAAAGUGUAUCACCAACUGAUAAUCAAAUGGAUGUGUCUAGAGGGGAACAGCAACAUUUUUUAACUGGCUGUAGCCACAGAAAUGGACCUGGAAGAAGUCAGAUCUGAGCUUUUUCUGCUGAAAUUCAACAAUGAGGAAGGAUAUGUGUUUGUAUUCUAUUAUCUAACAUCUCUGCUUGAACUCUUUGUUGAAAUACAGCUGUAGGCUGUUACAUAUUUUACCACUAGAUGGCUAUCAACAGCAUUAAUGUAAAAAGAGGAACAAUAAAUGAUAUUGUUUUAGUGUUAAAACAAUGUGUUUUAAUAAGUAUAUUGGUAUGAGUUAACCAAUUAAAAGGACCAUUAUUCUAUGUUUUCAUUCCACAACUAAAACAAGUUGUGUAAAUAGGAAUUAUUUGAGGGGGAUUUUUUUUUAAAGUGCAUCUUUUAACCACACUGUGGCGCAGCUGAAGCAGCCUAAAAUAGACUAUACAGUAUUAUGUCAUGCAAUGAUUUCACUCAGUCCAAGCUGUUUUCAUCAUGAUCUGAGCCCUUCCUUUUGCUUAUGGACAUGCACGUUUGCCCCUGUGGUUACAUUGGAGAUCUUGACAACAAUAUAAUUAAAACCAUGAGUAAGACUAGAGGUUAUAUAAAGUCUGUAUAACGAUCUACUUGUUAUGUAACACAUUAGUUCACUGGACAUCAGAUGAGCAAGGUUCCGAUGUAUUGGCAGGAUAAGCAUCCAUUUUCCAGCAGAACAUUUCUCAUGAUUUAAAGUGUAGUCCCUCGAGUCAUCAUAUGUGUAUGUAUGUAUAUGUAUCAUAUGUGCACCAAGAGUUCAACCAGGACAUUAAGACAUCAUUUCCCUGGACAAGAGCCAGGAACAGGGUGACCUCAUAUUUAAAACAAAACAAGUAUUGCUACUGUAUGUGACCAUGGACUCUCAUGUCCUCAUACUAUAGUUCAUGAUCACAGAAAGGGUUAAUCCUGGUUGGUUAUUAAUGAAGCUGCAACGACCCUCCACAUAAAACACUCGGUCAUUUGUUUACAUGUUCCAUCACCGCCUCUUGAACCACAUAAAUAUGCUCCAAAAGGCUUGUUUAUCAGGGCUCCACUGACCGUUGUGGCACCAUCACAGCUCCAGCAUCGAGGCGAGAGGAAAACAGCCCGUCGCAGAGCGCGGCAGCCAAUCAGCGGGCUGGUUUCUCUUCAGCAUCUCGGAGGGGAGCGCACCGUUGGGCAGACCGGAGAUCAGCGGCGGUAAGGAAACACACUUCAGGAAUCCGCGACGCGCAAUUAUGCUUUUGUGAAUUUGACGGAGGAUUACAUCAACACCAGCACAAAGAGAAAACAAAUGUCAGCUAUUCCAAGCACUGCACAGAAGGAACCAAAUUCCCACACAAGCAUGGCAGACCAGAAGU